AUGAACGUGUGCGGCAAGAAUGUGCUCGAGUUGUUAGUUUUCAUAACAAACCCAUUGAAAACUGUUAGCUAUAAAAGACGCACCACUUUUAGCAGAAGCCAACCAAGGAGAAAGAGGAAAGAAAGCAACCAAAAAAUCAGCGAGAACUCAAGACUCAAAAAUAACCUCAAAAAUGAAGGGGACUCUGCUGGCAGCUCUGACACUGGCCACCAUCAUCUCAGGGACACUGGGUAUGACUACAUUUACACCUCUUCAUGUGUCAGUCAUGACAGUGAUUUAUCCACUGCUACAGGUGUUCUCAGUAAGCAUCCUGAAACCCAGACUGUUGCAGAGGGCUCCACCGCAACCUUCACAUGUGAACUAAGAAACUGUUCAGUCUGCUUUGUGCAUUGGACGGCAAUUGACACAGAGACUGGUCUCCAUGUCAGUGUAAAUCCACAAGUUGUGACUGAAGACAACUGUAUCACCAGCACAAUCAGCAUUCUCGCAGUCAAUAACACAGUCGUCCAGUGUGAAGAAUACAACCGUUUUGCUAGGCCAAAGAGAGAAAGACGUCACUAUAGCAUGGUUGCACUGCUCCGUGUAACUGAGGAACAAGGUAGGGCUAAUCACAAGAGAUCAGCUCAACCAGAAAAACUCACAUCCGAUACAGAAAGAAUGAACUCAACAAUCUCAUCAGUUGUGCUCCUCCUGAGCAUCGCGACAGGAGCACUAGGUGUAUUCAUAGAGCAUCCACAGACACAGACUGCUGUGGAAGGAUCUAUUACUGACUUCAACUGUACAGUGAAGGCAUGCUCAGGCUGCAUAGUGAUUUGGAAGAUUCAGAGAUUUGAGAUUGGCGCUGAAGUCUACCAACCACACAGCACCGUCCCAAAAUAUGUCGGACACGGCCUCAUGCUCAGUACACUGCAUCUGGUAGCAGUCCACAGCUCUGCAGUUCAGUGUGAGAGGUACAAUCGAUAUACGAGAAAGAGCCAUUUCAGCGAGUUUGCCUUUCUUCACGUCAUUACAUCCCAAGACUCUCUCUCAGGAUCAGGAGAAUCACAGCCAGUUGCAAAUUCUGACUAAUAUGAACAC